UUGGGAAGUGGGACCAGUUUGUUUUGUUAUUGAAGGUCACGUGGCAAGGUGAAGCUCCUCCCCCCUCCCCCCGUUACCACCGAUUCAACCGUCUCGAGCUCGAGCUCCGGUCAGUUACUACAAAAUGGCUGCAGAGGCUCCGCCGCCAACGAGAUCCUCCUGAACGCUUCAUGCUGUGAGAAGAAGCAAAAAACACGAGAAGAGAACCAUUUGAUGGAAGAUAAGAAAAAGAAAAAGCAAGAAGAGAAGAAAAAGAAAGAAGCUGCUCAGAAAAGGGCCACAGAACAGAUAACCAAAGUGCCAGAAUCUGCCAAGCUCGACCCCACCCCUCUUCCCCCCGUCAACCCCAGUGCCGUCCCAUCUGUACCCCCUAGCAGUGGCAAUGGCAAGCGCGCCCCCUCUGGAUGUCAGCCACAGACAGCACAGCAGCCCCAGACUCUGCUCCAGCAGCGCUACCCGCCAAGAGAGGUGCCCCCACGCUUCCGCCAGCAGGAGCACAAACAGCUGUUGAAGAGGGGCCAGCCUUUGCCCUCCGGGACUCUGCCUCUCACCACAACGGGACGUCCGGCCACUACUGAACCUGCAGCAGCAGUAGCCAUACACUCCUCUCCCUCCUGCUCCUCUUCCUCCACAGCCAGCCUGCCUACAGAACUGCCUCCACAGAGUGGCCAGGGAGCCCAGUAUGAUAAUCCCCUCUGGGGACACCUGCCAGCCAACAGGAGUGCCACAAGAUCUUCAACCAGUCUCAGUGGCUGGGAUCAACUGAUCAUUGACCAGAAGAACACAGAGGCUUGGCCUUCGAUUACCCUCAGCCAGAGCCAAGCCCAUCCAGGAGGAUGCCCUUUGGACACUGACCCUGGUCACCUGACCAGCAGCAGCAGUAGUACUAGUAGUAGUUGUAGUACAGUGAGUAUGGCCACGGGGGCCAAUAGCCAGACAGGCCAUUUUCCUACCAACCACCUUAGCAGCAAGGCCAACAGUGGGCCCAGCCCUGCCAAUCAUACUGGAACCAGCAUGCUCAAUAGCCAGGCCAAUCGCAACUGGGGCUCUGGGCCUGGCCCCUCCCAUUGCCCCCCUCAGUCCUCAGUGGGGAGUGAAGGGAAGAAUGACGGCCCAGUGGGGGGAGGAGGCAGCAGGGGCUGGGGGGCUUCAGCAUCCUCCACUACCAACUUUAACUUGAACCUAAACCCUAAUGCCAACCCUUCUGCCUGGCCCAUGUUGGGGCAUGAUGGUAGUGGCACAGGGGGAGGUAGCUCAGGGGGAGCCAACGCCAUUUCACCUCCUCAACCUACAUCCAACCUCUGUAAUCCGCCUGGCCCCCCACCAGCCCAGACCAGCACAUGUACCGGAGCCAACACUAACAGCAACUCCUCUGGGAUUGGCACCGCCUGGGGUAACAUAAUGGCCUCUGACACAUCAGAGCCACACCGCUCCCCAGCCAUGAAUGUGUCUUUCAGUUCAGAACCUCAGAACCUUAAAACUGAUGGACCAAAUCACACUAAUAAGCAGGAACCCCCCAGCCCCAUCCGCAACUUGUCUGGCUGGGGUAGUUCACCUGUAGGCUUGGGUUCCAUGGGCCAGACCCCUCCAGGGGGCCCGCAGGUCAAUGGAGAAGAUGGUAGCUCAGUAUGGGGUAACAGUGGCGACUCAAAGGCAUCUUCAUCUGAGGAGGCCCCGGGUUGGGACUCUGGCUGGGGCCUUGGAGGAGGUGGAGCAGGAAACUCUGGAGGCUGGGGUGACCAGUCUGGUGGAAACUGGGGUAAGCAGCGCACUGAGGAGGCCCAAGGAGGCUGGGAUGCCCCCACCUCUCCUCCCCAGGAAACACAGGCUAGUCCUUGGAGCAAAACUGUGAACAAAGCUGGUGCAAGUGAAGGGAGCAGUGACAGCACGGAAGGACAUCCCAAGCAAAGAGACCCCUCAUCCAGAGAUAAUCCAGCUCCUCUGCUGCCUGCCCAGGAUCUGGACCCCAGGGUGUUGUGUAACACUGGCUGGGGACAGACCCCUGUUCGCCAGCACACCUCCUGGGACAUGGACAGUACUAAACACAAGAAUGAUGCAGCCGCUGAAUCAUGGGGCUCUGGCCCAACCACUCCAAGCGAUGCCCAAGGACCCUCCAACAGUAACAUGGUCCCCUCUCAGAGGACUGACCCUGGGAGAAAAAAUGAUGUGCCUGGUUCUCAGGGAUCUUCAGGUUGGGGUGGAAGCAUAGCUUCCAACAAUCAGCCUAGCUCUGGUUGGGGAGAACCACCCAACAACAUUAAGCCCCCAGGUGGCCCUGGUGGCUGGGGGAAUCCUCCAACAGGAGGAUCCACCACCAGUAUACCCAAGAAUGGGGGUCAAUCCUGGGGAGAAGAGAAGUCAACUGGGUGGGAUGAUUCUCGCAACAAGGCAACAUCCCAGAGCUGGGGAGAGCAACCCAAGGCAUCCCGAAGCUGGGGCAAUAGUGGAGGGAGCAGUAAUGCAGCGGACUGGAGAGAACCAGAAGAGAGCAAAAAGAGUCCCACCAACCCAGGGUGGGAGGGAGAAGCAGGAGGCUGGAAGGAAAACCCACGAGGCUGGGGAAUGUCUUCUUCAGGACCUGGGAUACCAGCAGCUGGAGGAAAUGGGGGCUGGGGAGAGCCAGUGAGUCAACGUCCCAGUGGCCCUCCCCAAAGUUGGGGGGGCAAGCCUCAGGAUGGACCCAGUGGUAGUAGUGGGGGAGGGAGCAUAGGCUCUUGGAUUGGAUCAGGCUCAGUGAAGCAGGGUGGAAGCUGGAGUGGCAGUAAGAAGGAGUCCUCAGCUGAGCCUACAGGCUGGGAAGAGCCCUCCCCACCUUCAAUCCGACGUAAAAUGGAGAUAGAUGAUGGGACCUCAGCUUGGGGUGACCCUGUUACCUAUAGCAAGUCAGUCAACCUGUGGGACAGGAACAAUCCAGGAAUGUCCCAGGCUAAAGUUACCACUGGAGGCAAUAACCCCCCAGGCCCCAACACCAACAACAACAACCAUCCCCACUCUCACAAUCACCCCUAUCACGGGCCGUCUGCACCUUUACAGAACCACACCCAAAACUCCCAAAACCCAGGGCCCACCAGUGGGCCCAUGGAUCCUGUUGUCCAACACCAGUCUGGGCCAUCUCACAACAGGGCCCCCCUGAUAGCUCAAGGUUGGGGAGAGAUACCGAGCACCCACACAAAAUCGGAGAGCUCUUGGGGGGAAGCUGCACCCGCUCCGGUCAGCGUUGACAAUGGGACGUCUGCCUGGAGCAAAUCUACCGGGAGCUGGGGAGACCCCGACAGCUAUGGCAGAGGCAACCCUACAGUGACGUCUGCAUCUUGCAAACCUGCCCCCAAACCUAUGCAAGACGGAUGGGGAGGUGGAGGUGAAGAGCUGAACUUGUCGGGGGGUCAGUGGGAUGCUGAGGAGGGAGACAUGUGGAACAAUGCUGCCUCCCAGGAGAGCAACUCCUCCUGUAACUCUUGGGGCAAUGCAUCUAAAAAGGGCCCACAGAAGCUCUCCCAGGGAAAGAUCCCUGGAAAGCAAGAAGAUGCCUGGAUCAUGAAUCGUCUCAUCAAACAGCUGACAGACAUGGGCUUCCCUAGGGAUCCAGCAGAGGAGGCUUUGAAGAGCAACAACAUGAGCCUAGACCAGGCCAUGAGUGCCCUGCUCGAGAAGAAGACAGAGAUGGACAAACGGGGGAUGGGGAUUGCCGGCCACGACUACAACAACGGGCUCAUCAACAAGCCCAUGAGCUGCCCUCGGCCUCCGCUUCUUUCCAAAGACCCCUCGUCAGAUCCCCGCUUGCCCUUCAUGGAUAAGCAGAUGCAGAGUGGAAUGUUUGGCAGUGGUGGAGCAGUACAAGCCCGGGCCAUGCAGCAUCCGCAGCCGCCUCCUCACCCGUCAGUGCCGCCUCUCAGUUCCUCUCAGCCUAGUCUACGGGCUCAAGUGCCUCAGUUUCUCUCCCCUCAGGUUCAAGCACAGCUCUUACAGUUUGCAGCAAAAAACAUUGGUCUGAAUCCUGCACUUUUAACCUCACCAAUAAACCCUCAACAUAUGACCCUUCUGAAUCAACUUUACCAGCUGCAACUGGCAUACCAGCGUUUACAAAUUCAGCAGCAGAUGUUGCAGGCGCAGCGCAACGUUUCUGGCCCCAUUCGACAACAAGAGCAGCAAGUUGCACGUACAAUCAAUAACAUGCAGCAGCAGAUCCAACAGCACCAGCGUCAGCUGGCCCAGGCCCUGCUGAUGAAACAGCAGCAACAGCAGCCGCCCCCCUCCCACUCGGGCCUGCAUCAUGGAGGGUCCAAAUCCACCCUGGAUUCAUUUCCAGGUCACCCCCAGGCUCCAGGCCUCCCUGACCUGCAGACCAAAGAGCCGCAGCCAUCUCCCAACACUUACAGUCCCUACUCUCUCUCUGGACUGAAUCCAAACAUGAAUGUAAACUGCAUGGAGGUGGGAAGUCUGUCUAUGAAGGAACCCCCCCAGCCUCAAUCACGCCUGUCGCAGUGGACGCAUCCCAACUCCAUGGAAAGCCUCUCUGGAAGCUCCUCUCCUCUAGAGCCCAACCUGGGCAAGCAUGGUGCCAACCUGGGCCUCCCUGGUAAGCCCCCUCAGCUGGAGGACUCUUACAGCCCCUACAACAUGAUGUCCAGCUCAGAGUCUCCUACCAGCCCCCUUGUCACCCAAGACAGCUGGGGACAGGGCAAGAGCAGCAAUGAAAAGAUGGCCAAUGGGACCAAUAUCAACUGGCCACCAGAGUUCUGCCCCGGUGUGCCCUGGAAGGGUCUUCAGAAUAUUGACCCUGAGACCGACCCUAAUGUGACCCCAGGCAGUGUCCCCAGCGGGCCCACUAUCAACACCAAUAUCCAAGAUGUCAACCGCUACCUGCUAAGGGACAGGAGUGGAGGCUCCUCUCCCACUUCAUCUCAGAACGAGGCUCUGCCUCCCUCCACUGAUUGGCCAGUCAGUGCCUACACUAGCUCGUUCAGUCUGUCGUCCCCGGAGACGGACGAUGCAGGUAAACUGUCAGAGAUGAAAUCUACUUGGUCUCCAGGCCCCAUUUCUCACAACCAGGGCUCUCUGUCCCAUGAGCUGUGGAAGGUCCCCCAGGGCCCCCGGAGCAGCAACACAGCCCCUUCCCGACCCCCACCUGGCCUCACCAACACCAAGCCUUCAACCUGGGGGGGCAACUCCCUGGGUCUGGCCCAAGGCUGGAGCAGCUCUUACACCUCAGCAGGAACCACAUGGAGUACAGACAGCUCCACCAGGACCAGUAGCUGGCUGGUUCUGAGGAACCUCACUCCACAGAUUGACGGUUCAACUCUGCGUACACUGUGCAUGCAACAUGGCCCCCUCAUCACAUUCCACCUCAACCUGACACAGGGCAACGCUGUGGUGCGCUACAGCUCCAAGGAUGAAGCUGCCAAGGCUCAGAAGUCCCUGCACAUGUGCGUUCUUGGGAACACCACCAUCCUAGCAGAGUUUGCUGGGGAAGAGGAAGUGAACCGCUUCUUUGCACAGGGCCAGUCACUUGGCGGAACAACCAGCUGGCAGGCCACUCCAGGCACCAAUCCGACAAGGCUGGGUGGGUCGGGGUCCGGAGCCUCCCAUCCCAUCGGUCACUCACCCCACUGGAACAACAACAACGGCAGCAGCAGCAGUAGCGGUGGCCUGGGAACAGGUGGAGCAAAGACAGGCGGAGAGUUGCUGUGGGGUGGUGUGCAGCAGUAUUCCAGCCUGUGGGGACCCCCAAGUGGAGAGGAGGGACGGGUCAUGGGAAGUCCCACCCAAAUCAAUACGCUGCUGCCUGGGGACCUAUUGAGUGGGGAGUCCAUGUAGGACGGAAGAGCCCAGGCUUAACAAACACCAGUAGGAGCAAAAUCUUGCAAAUCAUUGUGGAGAUAAUCAGUGUGGCUGUAACGGUGACAAGGAGAGACGAGAGGCGGGCGAGGCUACAUCCUCGCUGCUCACCCUCGCCAACCUCCUCUACUCCUUUUUAGUUUUUUAAUGACAUUUCAGUUGCAGUUCUUUUGUGAAUCUCAGUGAGAGAUUUUGGUCACAGUGUUCAACUUUUACUUUACUUUACAGAAAGAAGUCUUUCAUUCAAGAAAAAAAAGAGACCUUUUUACAGAAAUAAACUUUUGGGAACUCGCCGUGUGAAACAUGUAGUUUAGUUCAAACUGACACGAUGAGCUGCCAUCUUAAAACUUGCUUAAUCCCUCUCUGCCUUUUCAGGCAAUCAUACUGCACCUCAGAGAUCCAUGAAAAGGCAUCAUUCCCAAAGUAAAACAAUUCAAUCAGAGUGGUUGUCAAACUU